AUGGUGACGGAAGGAAUAGUGCUUGGCCAUAAAGUUUCUACCAAAGGCAUUGAAGUGGAUAGAGCAAAGAUUGAAGUGAUUGAAAAGCUGCCACCACCGGUCAAUGUAAAAGGAAUCAGAAGCUUCCUAGGGCAUGCUGGAUUUUAUCGGCGAUUUAUCAAGGAUUUCUCAAAAAUUGCAAAGCCAUUAAGCAAC